CUAACAGGUCAAAACACUGAAAAAGAAAGUCACAUACAAAUUACAUGUCCAGCAUAGAACUCCCAUUGUUGGCCUAACUGCACCAUGUUUAAUUCUGCAGGGUUUUUGAUUCUGCUGGUUAAAUAAUGCUUCUUAACCUAAAACAUAUCAGAAACGUUUGGAUUUUAAUUUAUCUAUCAACCGUUAUUUCCUUGCCAGCUAUUAUCAUAGAGUGCAAGACUGCACUGUUUUUUUUUGUAAUUGAAUCGUUAUUAGAAAAAUUAGUAAACAAUAUGCACUGAGGUGAACAUUUAGAAAUAGAAAUUAGCCUCCUUUGUUUUGGUCUCUCUCAUGUGUGCUGAUCAUAUAAGCUUCAGUUAUAUUACAAGCUUCUUACACACAAUGUUUAACUAUUACUCUUAGUUUAUCUUGAAAAAUGCAAGGAAAAUUGAAUAAGUUCAGACAUGAAUGAAAGCAAAAGAAGAUAAAAAUUCAAGGGUGAAGUUAACAAUUAUUGUUACAGGAGUGAAGAUCAAUCAUUUUCUAACCGUGCCUAAAAAAUGCUGAUUUUUAAGAGACUAAGCAGAGAGCAUUAUAGCAGAAAAUCCAAGUAAACUGUCAGAUUCACCUAGUAGAGACUUUUUAUCCAGCUGUGUAAGUGUGCAGAAUUUGACUCAAAACUGCCUCUAACUGGUGGCUUAGCUGUUGGUCGUCAUGGAAACGUUUCAAGCACUGGUGAUGAGCUGAUAGAUUGUAUUGGGCCUUCAUAACACUUUUGUACCAACGGGCUAUUGUACUUAGAUGAUUCACUGUGUGCGGAGAGUCAUUCUGACUCUCGGUGUCAGUUUGAAUACAGACUGUGGAGGAGGAAAGGCGCUGAAAUGCAGGGUCCCAGCCGCAAGUCCCUCGCCGUAGAGUUUGCGAACAGUUUCUGGAAGAAGAGGAGGCACUCAGCCUCAGAUGUCCUCCUCAGAGCUGUUCAGAGGCGACGCAGCUCGGCUGUCGAAAUGCUCUCUUCUUCCUCGCGUCGGGUUAUGUUGGCUGUGAGCAUGACCGAGGCACAGGCAGACCCGAAUGGAAGGAAACCUAGCACGAGAAUCCCAACUGCAAAAUAUACCAAAGUUGGAGAGACACUGCGACAUGUCAUCCCAGGUCACAUGCAGUGUUCGAUGACCUGUGGGGGCCGUGCCUGCAAGUAUGAAAACCCAUCACGCUGGAGUGACCAGGAACAAGCAGUCAAAGGCCUGUAUUCCUCAUGGAUAACGGACAACUUGCUGGCAAUGGCUAGGCCUUCGACAGAAAUCAUUGAAAAAUACAACAUUAUUGAACAGUUUCAAAGAUAUGGUGUAAAGACCAUAAUUAAUCUGCAACGCCCUGGAGAACACGCAAGCUGUGGGAAUCCAGUAGAGCAAGAUAGUGGUUUCACUUACCGGCCAGAGACAUUCAUGGAAGCUGGAAUUUAUUUCUAUAAUUUUGGAUGGAAAGAUUAUGGUGUGGCUUCUUUUACCACUAUUCUGGACAUGGUCAAAGUCAUGUCUUUCGCAAUCCAAGAAGGGAAAAUGGCUAUUCACUGUCAUGCGGGGCUUGGGAGAACAGGUGUUCUGUUAGCCUGUUAUUUAGUUUUUACGACAAGAAUGAGCGCGGACCAAGCAAUUCUGUUUGUGCGGGCUAAAAGACCGAAUUCAAUUCAGACCCGAGGACAGUUAUUGUGUGUCAGGGAGUUUGCCCAGUUCCUGAUCCCCUUAAGAAACAUUUUUGCCUGUGCAGAGCCAAGAGCAAAUCCCGUCACCCUGUCCCAGUACUUGACACGCCAGCGUCACCUGUUACACGGCUACGAGGCGCGCCAGCUCAAAAACGUGCCAAAAAUUAUUCAGCUGAUCUGCAAGCUACUGCUAGACGUGGCUGAAAACCGCCAGGUCAUCGAAGAAGAGAUUUUAGAGAUUCCCGACCUCUCUGCAGAGAUCGAGAAAACGGUCUCUCAGCAGGCAAUCCAACAGCUCGACAAAGAAUUACUUGGGAAAGGCAUCACUGUGGCGUCAAAACGGCUGUCGAAGGGGCCUCCAGAGAUGCCCAAUGAUUCUGUGCUUUGUAGCGAGCACGAAUUCGACCCCCUUUGGAAGCACCAGAACGAUGAACGCCUCCAGCCACUCUCUUACCUUCGGAAGCGCCUUUGCUACAGUGACUCUGACCUGAGGAGGUUGGGACCCUUCAUUAACCAAGGAGGGAGCCCUCUGCACCUGCCUGCCAGCAUGACCUUCUUCAGCUCCCUGAGUAAACACUACCUGUCUCAGAACAACCUAGCGCAAGCUUGUGAUUCUACCGAGACCCCCUUUGCGCCCUUGCCAAGGUCAGAGAACGGCAGCAGCAAGCUGGAUCCUUUAUUCUGCUCGUCGAGCGUGUGGGACCAGAAGAAGCUCAUCAGCUCCGUUGAACGAAAGAAAGGUUCUCCCCUCUACCAAAGGCGAAGGCAACCCAAAGAAAUACAGCGCAGCAGAACCUUCUCGUUGGGGUCCAGUGAAAAGAGCAGGCAACAGGAAUCCGGUCGGUCACUGGCUGAUAGAAACCCAUUGGCUUCUGUCCACAGUGUGGAGUUCGAUGCAGAAACCCAGCAGAAAGACGGCAGCGCAGAUGGUAAAAAUGCCUGUCUCUUCCAGAUAAAAGACAGGUCCAAGGCAUCAACAGCAGUCUUGGACGCAGUGUUUCAGUGUUGGGAUGAAGACACAGACAGGUCAGAAGAGAUACCGUGCAUUACACUGCAGUCUGAGCUGACUCUUGAAUCCAGGAGAGUGCUGGUAGCUCGAGCGCUUGCAACUGACAUGGACAUGGAUGGGGAGGAAGACUAUAAAGAUAAAGUUCUGAACUGGCAGAAGGAGCUCAAUUCCAAGGAGGGUGCUUGGGAGAGGAUAUGCACUGAGAGAGACCCCUUUGUACUCUCUGGUCUGAUGUGGUCUUGGCUCGAGCAGCUGAAGGAGCCUGUUAUAACCAAAGAAGAUGUGCAAGCACUGGAAAAUAAAAGUAUAGAUCCCCAUAGUGCUCUGUACUCACUGGACAAGGGGCCUCAUCAGACCUUGAUUUGUAUUCUAGACUGUUUAGCACAUGUACAGACAAUACCAGAGGAAGUGGAACAGGCUUUUCUUCAGCGUACCAUAAGAGCUUUUACCAGGAUUGGAUUGGAUUCUGAUGACGGGCCUGUGAUUUAUAAUACCAUGAGAAGAAUCUUAACACCGGUUUUGCACGAGAUGAGAAGACAAGCAAUGGAAGAGGCAGAGAAUGCCUGUUACUGUGUUCAUGUUCCUUAAACUUGCACUGGUGGCGAUCAGCAUGCUGGGCUCCCCCUGGAGGGAGUGCAGAACAGUGCCGAAAGGGGCAGGACCUUAAAAAGUGAAUAAUCCCAGAUGCUGAAAAUGAGUCCACUGCAGAAACGUUGUCUGCUGCUAUUUAUCUUUUUGUUGUUGUAGUUUUUAAAUGUGGUUCAAAAAGACGCAAUGUUUUUCAGCAUCAAGAUGUGAUUGUGUUUGCAACUAUUUAUUUUGUUUCGUAUUCAACUCCCCGUACUGCCAUAAUAUUUAAGUGCCACAAUGCUAUGUUGAGAGGUUAUUUUGAAUGCACUGUAUGUGAAUAGUGUGUAAAUGUGUCUUUUAUCAAUAUUGUGAACUUAUAUUUACAGUAUCCAAGUGUACCAUCAAUGUCGACUGUUCGGUUUCUGCAAUUUCUGAUUGUUAGAAAUUCUGGGGUGUCAAACUUUAGUUAAAUUCUGUAUUACAGUGCUUGUUACAUUUAGAAUUACUUUUGUUAAAAAUGAAUAAACCAUUUGCUACAGCAUCUCAGACAAAGUAGAUAAUGGUUGUUUUAAUAAACUAAUUUAAAAAGUA